CAAUCUCCAUGUUAUUGUGCUUUGCGUGUGGAUUUUGUCUCAUAUGUGCACAGCGAUUAUUGGUUACUACGCAUCGAAUAUAACAUGGGGAUGGGGCCACAACCACAGUGUGCAAUCAAGAAGGAUCUCACUGAAUUGAUUGGGAAUACCCCAAUGGUGUAUCUGAACAACAUUGUGGAUGGUUGUGUAGCUCGUAUUGCUGCUAAGCUAGAGUGCAUGCAACCCUGCUCUAGCGUCAAAGAUAGGAUAGCAUUGAGCAUGAUUGAAGAUGCUGAGAAUAAAGGCCUCAUUACCCCUGGGAAGAGUGUUUUAGUUGAGGCCACAACUGGUAACACCGGCAUAGGAUUGGCAUUCGUAGCAGCAUUGAGGGGCUACAAACUGAUAGUGGUUAUGCCAGCUUGUGUGAGUAUUGAGAGAACAAUUAUACAGAAAGCCUAUGGAGCUGAGGUAUAUCUCACUGACCCUGCCUAUGGAGUUGAAGGGGUUUUCCAGAAAGUGCAAGAGUUAAUGGCCAAGACACCUCAUAGUCACAUGCUCCAUCAACUUGAAAACCCUGCCAAUCCAAAGGUUCAUUAUGAGACCACUGGCCCUGAGAUUUGGAGUGACUCUGGAGAGAAAGUUGAUGCUUUGAUUGCAGGGAUAGGAACUGGGGGAACAUUAAUUGGUGCUGGGAAAUACCUCAAGGAGAAAAAUCCUGAUAUCAAGGUGUAUGGUGUAGAACCUUCUGAAAGUGCAGUUAUAAAUGGAGGCGAGCGAGGCAAGCAUAUAAUACAAGGCAUUGGUGUUGGUAUCAUUCCUCCACUUGUGGAUGUUGAUCUUCUUGAUGAAGUUAUUCCGGUCUCAAGUGAAGAAGCUAUGGAAACUGCUAGGCUGCUUGCACUAAAAGAAGGUUUACUGAUGGGAAUUUCAUCAGGUGCUGCAGCAGCUGCUGCAAUAAAGUUGGGGAAGAGACCAGAAAAUGCUGGAAAGCUCAUUGUUGUGAUCUUUCCAAGUUCUGGAGAGCGUUACUUAUCUUCACCACUGUUUGAACCCAUUAGACUUGAAGCUGAAGAAAUGAUGGCCCUAUAUAAAGAAGCUUAAAUAAGCACUUAUAGAACUAAGCAAGCUCUAAGUAUGAUCUAAAAUAAGUUGACCAAGUUUGUGUUGAGUUGACACUUCGUGGAACAACAUUUGUAUAGAGACUUCUUGGUAGCAAUGGAAUUUGAAUAAAUGAAUGAGUUUGCAA